AGAGACAGAGAGAGAGAGAGAGAGAGAGAGAGAGAGAGAGAGAGAGAGAGAGAGAAAAAAACAGAAAGACAGAAAGACAGAUAGUUGAAGUUAGUCUGAAGUUUUAACUGACUUUAACUAAAACGUAUAAACACAGCAGCUUCCGGGAUGAACGUGCUGCGGCGGUGUUGUCACCUGCGGCGGGUCGGAACCGGAACCUGGAGAGAUUUCCAUGUGACUUCACCUGUGGUGACCUUUGACCUGAGGAAAGUGGAACUGACGCCUCUGGAGCAGAGGAAACUCACCUUUGACUCCCACACCAUGGUGACUGAGCUGGAGAGCAGCGGUUUCGAGAGGCGCCAGGCGGAGCUGAUCGUCUCAGCUCUCGUGACUCUGGCGACGGCGAACAUGGACAUCGUCUAUAAAGACAUGGUGACCAAAUCCCACCAGGAGAUCGCGGUGCAGCAGAUCAUGGCUCACCUGGACUCCAUCAGGAAGGACAUGGUGAUCCUGGAGAAGAGCGAGUUCGCCAACCUCCGGUCUGAGAACUCGAAAAUGAGGCGAGAGCUGGAGCAGCUACAAAACAGACUGAAGGAGGAGAGCCAGAAAGUCCGAGCUGAAACUAAACUAGACAUCAACCUGGAGAGCAGCAGGAUCUCCGACAUGUUCACUGAACAGGAGAAGAAGCUGAUGGAGGCGACCUCAGAGUUCCAUCACAAGAAAGCUGACCUGGAAAACGACAACAUGGAGAUCAACAAGAAGAUCGACCUGCAGGUGGCGUCGCUCAAAACCGUCCUGGAGUCCCUCAAACUAGAGACCGUCCGCUACCUGGCAGCGACAGUGUUCUCCUGCCUUGCCAUCGCGCUGGGAGUCUACCGGCUGUGGAGGUGAAGGAUCCGGAUCAGAGACCGGGACACGGUUCAGUCAACAUCCAGGUUUAAAGCAGCAACAGAAGAUAAAGAACCAGAAGCUCCAGAGUUCACAGCAACUGUUCUGUUAAAUUCACUCACUGUGUCUGAACAUGUUUUUACUUUGAUGUGGGUGAAAUGCUCAGAAGCGUGAUGCAUUCACUGGAGGAAAAAAAAACAGGAUUUAAAGAAAAAAUACUUUCAAAAUUAUAACAAAAGAAAAACAAGUGAAUGCAUCACGCUCUGUAGAAGUGAUUCUUUAGAACAAACAUCUGAUAUUUGAAGUUUUAUGUUAUUUUUGUUUUACAAUCAUUUCAAUAGUUUUAUUUUAUUGUUGUAAUUUAA